ACCUUUUUCAUUUCGAACGAGGCGCGCAAGUGUGCCGGCUCCCGGUAACUACCUAUUGCCCUCAACUGUACAGACCCAUCCACAGUUGAGUGGAUGAAGGAGGAAGCAUUAUACCCCGCCGCAUGCACAGCCACAUAUGUAGAGCUGGCUUUGCGAAGUGGUGAGGUGAGCCGAGUUGGCUGACACCAGGGCCUUGCAGGGCGAAUCCUGUUUUCAUCACCCCUGGACCCAAGACCCUUCCCCAGACUGUAGUACACGUCGACGAACGUCAUAGGUCGUCGUUUGCUUCACAUGUCGCCAGCUCUCGUUUAUCGUUUAUAAUGCCAAAACCUCCACAAUGGCGCAAAGACCAUUGCUCUGCUGUCGUACACACCCCAUGUCACAAUGUCAGCAGCUCAGGUAUCCCCGCGUACCAGCUCGUCCGCCCAACGAUCAUCAAUGGAUCGCACACGCAUACCUACAGACCGCUCAGCUGCACCAUCAGCCUCGCCCGGUCUCCAGCAGGCCAAGCCCGAGAAAAUGAGAAAGAGGCUCCAAAAGAACCCUUCCCGCCGGUCAGCCUCCAGCAACCUGUCGUUAAGUUUCAAGGCUGGUGCCAAUCCUGUGGUACAGCAGACAACACAACCCAUCGCUUCGUCUCCCCGCGUGCCACCAGAUCUGAGUGAUGCCAAAUGGCAAGAGUACCUACGGCGGAGCGGCAUGUUGGCGAUGGACUCAUCGUCACCAUUGCCAGGACUCAGCCCUCUUCAGGAACGAGCCGACGCAAACAACGUCGAGCAGACACCGACGAUCAUACCGGAAUUCAAACAUCUCGCUAUUAAUAACACACCUCCUCGGCCGCUCCUCACUAGUCUUGGUACCAAUUCUCCGACCUCUUCAACUUCGACGGCUUCCAGCGUCAAACGUCGGGCAAAGACCCCGGUCACGUCCAUCGGCCAGCUGGAAGCAGGCUCAUUCGGCAGAAACUCCACCGAUGCCAGCAAAGUCACGAGCGUUGACCGCAUUGCGGCCCAGUACCAGGCUCUCCUCGAGCCCAGUGAUACGGAUUCCAUAUACACGGACUGUUACUCGGACCCUCCGCCACGCUCCGAACGACGACUGACAUCGUCGGGAACGAGGCGGCAAGAUAGCUCGGAGGAAGUCCCACCACAUCAUGUCAUUGCCGUCCCACCACCGCGGCGUGGAAAUACACAGGCCCAUUCGCCCACCUCGGACGACGGCACUCUGGUCGGCUUUGACGAGGAGGCGAUCUACUUUAAGCCCUUGUCAUUCUCGCCAGAACCGCCUUCCGUACUGCACCAUCGAGUGUCGACAAUGUUGCGACGAUCCGUGCCGCAAGGAAACUUCGGGCUUCAGCUUUGUGUCGACCUCUUGACACGCGAGCUGGCGACAGCCAUGCUUGAUCGUCCUGGAGUCAGCCCCGACGCACCUGCGCUGCAAAUCCUCGUCAUGAUUGAGGCGUAUGAGAGGUUGCGCAACCAGGUGCUCGAGAUGGGCUUACAACGUGACGAGCCCCAGGGUGUCGAAACCAUGUUCGACACAUGGCUCGGCGCAUUGUAUUCCCUUCAUGAUUCCCUAUCUGGGGAGUCUUGGUCCCGAAGCGAUACUUCGUCUUUGCCUUAA